AUGAAGCCAUCAUUAUUUUGUGCCACGGCUGUGGCCUCGGCACUAGCCUUUCUGUCAACACCCAUACUUGCUCAGACCACAUCCGCAACGGCCGCAGCGGCAAUCACCACACUCGGCUGUUACAAAGAUUCCGACCCUUUGACUCAACAAGGAACCUACGUCUAUCAGUCUUCUGGCUGGUGCCAGCAGCAAUGCGUGAAACUAGGCAAGCCCGUCAUGGCCACCACAGGGGGUUCAACAUGUUACUGUGGCGAUGAACUUCCGGCCUUGGAUCAAGAAGUGGACUCUAGCAAAUGUAAUACCGAUUGUCAAGGUUGGCCCGAAGACAAAUGUGGUGGCAUAGGCUACUGGCAAGUUUAUCUGAGCGGAUUGACUGCCGACGUCAAGACUGCUCCAAACAGUACCACCAUCGCAUCAUCAGCUUCAAGCACGCCCACGCAGGGCUCUGAUGGAGCCACUCCAACGCAACCCUCGGUUGUCACCAAAGCAGGCCAGACAGUAGUGGUCACCGCUUCGACCUCCGCCGACAAUGAGCAUCACGGAUCAAGUGGGCCAAACAAGGUUGGAAUUGCUGUCGGCGUGGUGGUGGGAGUCAUUGCUCUUGGUGCCAUGGUUGGCGGCGUCAUAUUCUUCCUGAAGCGACGGAGAAACCGGGAAAUCGAAGAAGAGCACCGUCGCAACGCCGCUGUUAGCUCAUUUGUCGGCGGGACACAGUCGGACAAAUCUUCAGCAACAGACCAGCGCCUCGACCCUUCCAUCUAUUCUCACCGCCGACCUAGUAUUGGCAGUAUCGCUGAUGAACGAGACUUCUCUCGGAGGAUAUUGCAGGUAGGUUAG